GUGGUGGUGUGGUCGUGGUGGUAGUGUAGUAGUGGUGGUAGUGUAGUAGUGAUGGUGUGGUAGUGGUGAUGGCUACCACAGUAUCGCUGUAGUAGUGUUGGGUGUAUGGUGUGGUAGCGGUGGCUCGUGGUGGUGUGGUAGCGGUGGUGUUCUCCACAGUGACUGCUGCCGGUGUGAAUGAGAUUACAGCCGGCGUGCUUUGCCUGUGUGUGUGUGGCGGAUCAAUCAUUAUCAGCAUCAUCAACCGCAGCAGCAGCAGCAAAGUGUGGAGAGCACUGGGAGGAGGGAGGAGCCGUAGCGGCAGGAGGACCCCGAAGCCAUGAUACUGGGUCACCGUGACCCGAAGAGACAAGACGUUCUCUCCAACACUCCCUCCCGCCUCGGCAUCCUGCCCAACCCGGUCUCCACCACCACCACGACCACCACCACCACCUCCUCCUCCUCCUCCACCACCAGCAGCAGCAGCAGCGGUGGGGGCAGCCCCCUCCCACCACCCGCCUCGCGGCCCCGCCCCUCGCGGAGGGGAGGGGGCAUCAAGCGGGAGGCGAGCGGCAGCCGAGAGCCCAAGAAAGUCUACAUCCCCAGCUACCUGGAGAAGGACGAGGUAUGUGUGGUGUGCGGAGACAAGGCCACGGGCUACCACUACCGAUGCAUCACCUGCGAGGGAUGCAAAGGCUUCUUCCGCCGCACGAUCCAGAAGAAGCUGCACCCGCUGUACGCGUGCAAGUUGGAGGGCGUCUGCCUCGUGGACAAGGGCACGCGCAACCACUGCCAGGAGUGUCGCUUCAACAAGUGCCUCGCCAUGGGCAUGGCCACCGACCUCGUGCUGGACGAAGGCAAGCGCCUUGCCAAGCGCCGUCUGAUCGCGGAGAACCGCGAACGCCGGCGGAGAGGAGAGACGCAGCGGAGCGGCGCGUGGGAGCGUCCGGGCCCCACGCGGCACGAGUGGGCGCUGCUGCAGGCCGUCACCGACGCCCACCGCGCCACCAGCGCCGAGGGCAGCCUGUGGAGGCAGCACCGCCGGUUCCUGCCGGAAGACAUUGGGCAGGUGGUGGCGGGAGGCGACCGCGUGGACGUGAAGGCGUUCUGCCACUUCAUCAGCAUCAUCACCCCGGCCAUCAUCCGCGUCGUCGACUUCGCCAAGAAGCUGCCCGUGUUCUGCGAGUUGCCGUGCGAGGACCAGAUCGUGCUGCUCAAGGGCUGCUGCAUGGAGAUCAUGUCGCUGCGGGCGGCCGUGCGCUACGACGCGGGCAGCGAGACGCUGACGCUGAGCGGCGAGGUGGCCGUCACGAGCGAGCAGCUCCGCAGCGGUGGACUCGGCCUCGUCUCCGACUCCAUCUUCGAGCUGGGCCGCUCGCUCGCCGCGUUCCACAUGGACGACACCGAGGUGGCCCUCAUGCAGGCCGUGCUGCUGCUCUCUUCUGACCGGCCGGGCCUGACCUGUGUGGACGCGGUGGAGCGGGCGCAGGAGGAGCACCUGCUGGCGCUGGAGCACUACAUCAACCAGCGGCACCACGCCAUGCCCUUCUUCUGGCCAAAGCUGCUCAUGAAGGUGACCGACCUGCGCACGAUCGGCGCCUGCCACACCAGCCGCCUGCUGCACAUGAAGGUGGAGUGCCCCGCCGAACUCUUCCCUCCGCUCUUCCUCGAGAUCUUCGACGACUGACGGCGCCCCGGAGGCCCCCCACGCCUCCGGGAACGCUCGCCACCGGCACCGCCACCGGCACCGCCACCGGCACCACCACCGCCACCGGCACCACCACCGGCA